AUGAGCAAGCGCGAGGAGAGCGCCGACAGCGGCGCCUGCGUCUUCGUGCGCAUCAUGCGCGCGCGGGGCCUGAGCGUGCAGGACGGCGACCUCAAGUCGACGUUCAAGGCCAUCGAGGAGUACAAGAUGACGCCGACGACGCGGGACCCGAGCUGCCUCUGCCAGGUGACGAGCGGGCGGCUGGAGGGCGCGACGGGCGUCUGCGAGCACGCGAGCAGCCCGCAGUGGGACCACCUCGUCAUGUUCCCCUACGACAACGUGCGGGCGGGCCGGAGCGUGGACUUCAAGGUCGUCGACGUCGGGGGCGUCUUCGAGGUCGAGCUCGGCCAGUGCAGCGUCGCCCUGGACGAUGCGGCGCUCGCGGAGCUGCCGACGAGCAGCGAGUCGGAGAAGGCGCCGCGGCUGCUGGCGCUCGUCCCGGCGACCACGGCCCUGGCCGACGGGCCGAACGCCGAGGGCAUGGACGUGAGCUCCAUCAUGGCGCUGGGCAACGACGUCGAGCGGAAGAUGAAGACCAUCGUCACCGCGGAGGACGCGGAGGAGACCCUGGAGGUCGCGAUGUGGCGCGGGAACCGCAACGACGCCGACGCCAAGGCGGCGUUCCUGGGCACGAAGCGCAAGGCGCCCGGCGACUGGUUCCGGGACACGGCGAAGACCAUGCUCUGCGCGGCGGACUUUGAGGAGACGCGCGGCCACGGGACGACGGUCAUGGGCGGGCUGGUGGACCUGCCGCCGGUGUCCGACCCCUUCAAGACGGGUCUCGGCGAGGGCGACGCGCCGCGGAAGGACCGCAAGAAGGGGCCGCGCUGCGUGCGCUACACGGAGUGCCACACGGCCGUGCUCCGCGUCCAGACGCUCGACUGCCGGUGGCUCCACGAUCUGGACUACUCCGCGCGGCCCUACGUCGAGCUCUGCCUCGGCGACCGCGUCGUCGCGCCGUCGCGGGGCCGCACGGAGCUCGACGAGGACGGCUGGAUGGUCGAGGACUUCUCCAUGCUGCUGACGCAGCCCUACUGCAAGGAGCCGCUCACGCUCCGCAUCCGCAACGCGCCGCUCAUGUCGGACCUGGGGCUGGGCGAGGACGAGAUUCUGGGGCAGAUCGACAUCCCCUUGGUGCUGGAGGCGCCGGGCAAGCUGCCGGAGCCGUCGAAGAAGGCGGGCGACGAGGAGGAGGACGCGGUGAAGGAGUUCCGGCUCGCGUACAACCCGGGCAAGGGCCUCUGCGAGAACGCGACGAUCGCCCACACGAAGUGGCUCCAGCUCAACGCCCGCAAGAAGAUCAGCGACAAGGCCGACGAGGUCAACGACGCGCUCCACUCGCCCACCGCGGCCGUCCAGCGGAAGCGCGCCGGGUCCGGCGCGCCGGGCUCGGACGACGAGGACGCCAAGCCCCAGAAGCGCGAGUCGUCGCGGCGCGCCGCCGUCGUCCAGAACAAGUCCAAGUCCCGCUGGGGUUUAGGCGGCGCCAAGUCGACGGCGGGCGAGGUCGUCGGCGACCUGAAGGUCCGCGCGUGGAUCGACGAGGGCUACUUCCACCGCGACAACGACUCCAUCGCGCAGAUCACGGUGAAACUGGGCGAGGCGACGUUCAAGAAGAAGGGCGUCCUGGAGAGCGACAUCCUCAAGGACGCCAUGGCCGGCGGCAAGCGCAAGGGCGCGUUCGGCGCCGUGGGAGACCGCUGCGACCCCUACGCGGUGCUGCGCAUCUCGCCCCACUGGGCGACGCUGGACCCGCGGCAGCGCAAGGAGGACACGAAGGACGGCUACGCCAAGUUCGACUGGGGCGGCGGCGAGGUCCAGCUCGGCGUCGUCGACCCCUUCAACAUGCUCACGAUCGCGUUCUACGACGGCGCGAACAAGCACGCGCCCCUGGGCAAGGUCAAGGUGCGCGCGGCGUCCCUGGCGUCGACGGGCUUCGAGUACCGCAAGAAGGCGCCGCUGAUCGUGGGCACGGACAAGGGGUCGAACGCGCGCGUCAUCGGCGACGUCGACGUGUCCAUCUGCAUGACGACGAAGUCGCAGUGGUUCCUCCUCUUGCAGUACCUGGGCCCCGUGCGCUUCAACACGCACUACUGGCGGCCCCUGCCGGGCAAGCACGAGCUCUGGCUGCGCCAGGCCCACGACCGGGAGGUCACGCGCGCGCUCGCGAAGGCGGACCCGCCGAUAGCCAAGGCCGUCGGCGAGGACGUGCUCAAGAGCGACACGCACUCCUGGGGCGUCGACAACAGCGAGGCGACCCACGACUGGGGCAAGUCCCUCUCCGCGGACCUGCGCAAGAUGAAGGUCGCGGCCAUGCGCCUCAAGGACGUCAUGAUGAUCUACGGCAACGUCGCGACGGAGACGUUCGAGAUCUACCACUGGCGGCCCCACAGCCGCACGGCCAUCGUCGCGACGGUCAUGCUCUGGCUCAUCUACUACCCGAAGUGGAUCUGGACCUUCAUCUUCUGCGGCUUCUUCUACUCGACCGCGCGGAACUUCUCGUGCCGCCGGAAGACGCAGCUCGACUCCAUCGGCGUCGACCUGGAGCUGUCCAAGGGCUCCUUCGUCAAGGCCCACGAGCCGUCGCGGGACCGCGACGCGACGCUCCAGACGCUGACGGAGUCGGAGGUCGAGCCCGACGAGUACGACGAGCUCGACCCGCUCACGUCCUUCAAGCGCCAGUACUCGGACUUCGUCGAGACGUUGGUGAUGGUCGAGUACGUCUUCAACGAGUGCGCGACGGUGCUCGAGCAGGGCGUCGGCAUCUUCACCUGGGGCGACGAGCGCAUCACGGGGUUUUUGACGUUUGCCUUCUUCAUGUGCGUCUUCGUGCCCGUGGCCUUCGUCCCGCCGCCGGCGUUCUACAAGGGCUUCUUCACGUUUCCCUACUUGGUCGCGAUGUAUCCGCCGUGCCUCGACCCGGCCCAGCCCAUCAACGACUACCCGGGCCGGGUGGCCAACGUCUUGAAUCGCGUGCCGGCGCGCCACGAGCGCAUCCUGUGA